AAAAAGAGUCGAAUAAUGAAUCGUUCGCGAAUUGCACGUCACUGUUGGCGAGGUAAGAUGGCGGCGCCAGAGGAGCAGGAAUUAUCUCAGGCGCAGACCGAAAAACUCCUUCAAUUUCAGGACUUGACAGGUUUGGAGUCUAUGGACCAAUGUCGUCGUACAUUAGAACAACACAAUUGGAACAUCGAGGCUGCAGUGCAGGACAGACUGAACGAGCAGGAAGGAGUUCCCAGUGUGUUUAACCCUCCGCCCUCCAGACCCUUACAGGUCAACACAGCAGACCACAGAGUGUAUAGCUAUAUCGUCUCCAGGCCACAACCCAGAGGAUUAAUAGGAUGGAGUUACUACAUGAUAAUGUUACCUUUCAGAUUGACAUAUUACACACUUCUGGACAUAUUCAGGUUUGCCCUGCGGUGGGUCAGACCAGACCCUCGUGGACGUGUCACAGACCCUGUGGGUGACGUGGUGUCCUUCAUCCAUAGUUUUGAAGAGAAGUACGGUCGAUCGCAUCCAGUGUUUUACCAGGGAACAUAUAGCCAGGCAUUGAACGAUGCCAAACGUGAGCUUCGCUACUUGCUAGUUUACCUCCAUGGAGAAGACCACCAGGAUACAGACCAGUUCUGUCGCUCUACGUUAUGUACAGAAGAGGUCCUGACCUUCCUCAACACCAGGAUGCUGUUCUGGGCCUGUUCCACCAGCAGGCCUGAGGGAUACAGAGUGUCCCAGGCGCUGCGUGAGAACACUUACCCGUUCCUGGCCAUGAUCAUGUUGAAGGACCGUAAGAUGACGGUGGUGGGACGUCUGGAGGGGCUCAUCCAAUCAGAGGACCUCCUCAACCAGCUCACCUUCAUCAUGGAGGCCAACCAGACCUACCUGAUGUCGGAACGCUUGGAACGGGAGGAGAGGAACCAGACGCAGGUGUUGCGGGCGCAGCAGGACGAGGCCUACCUGGAGUCGCUGAGAGCCGACCAGGAGAAGGACCGAAGGAAGAGGGAGGAGCAGGAGAAGGUCCAGGCGGAGGAGGAGAAGGUCCGGCAGACCGUCCUGGCCGAGGAGAGGAGGAGGAGGACGUUGGAGGAAGAGAAGGAGCUUAAGUCAGAAUGUCUUCCCCCGGAACCCCCAGCAGACGACCCUGACAGCGUCAAAAUCGUUUUCAAACUGCCUAACGACACCAGAGUGGAGAGGCGGUUCCUCUUCCAGCAGUCUCUGACGGUAAUAUACGACUUCCUGUUCUCCUUGAAGGAGACCCCGGAGAAAUUCCAGAUAGUUACCAACUUCCCCCGCCGGGUUCUGCCCUGCCUUCCCACGGAGGAGCAGCCCAACCCCCCCAGCCUCAAAGAGGCCGGCCUCAGCCGUUCCGAGGUCCUCUUUGUUCAGGACCUCACAGAAGAUUGACACCUACCUAACCUUCUCCUCAACCUCCAACAUGAGGAAAAUAACUUGUCUUUUUCCUUGUUUCUUCACACAUUUUUGGGGGUUUUUUGUUUUUGUUUAAAUGGCCGUUGUGCAAAACAAGGGAUCACUGUCUGAAAUAACAAAAACAAAAAAAAACUCUUUUAACACAAAAUAAUUUAGCCCUGCUCUAUCCCCUGGCCGUCUUGUCCACCAUGAUACCUCCUCCUCCAGUUAAAUGUGGUUAUGUUUAAAAGGAGAGCAAUGUGAACUACCCUUCCUGUACAUACAUUACAUAUUUAAAGAACAAGGCUGAAAAAGCACUACUUUUUUUUUUUAAUUAUUAUUUUUUAAAUAUUCAAUCAAAGUUGACUCUAUAAUGUAAUUGUCUUGAAACGACCAAACAAGCGAGGGGGUUGAGUUUCCGUACCGCCUGCCGUUUAGAACGACAACCCAGUUCAACAAGAAGAGGGCCACAGCUUUCACACGUGGCUUUUACCUAUCUCUAGUAUAACAGUCUGCCUGUGGUGACUCAUAGAUGCCUAUUUCUCCUGUAACAUCGGAAUGGGCUGGUCAUGUUUAAGAUGUCAUUUUCCAACAACUAUAAAUUAAACAUUUUUAAAAUGUU